CAGGUGGAGAACUAAUCAGAUCGACAACCAUUCACACUUCGCAGUUCAGUGGCCUGCCUCUGCUGUAUCUCGCAUUAUCUUCAGUCUUCGCGCGAUUUCGGAAGCCGAUUGAUUACAUCUCGUAUUCGCCAGUAGAACAGGACAAUGGCCGCCACGAUGUCUCAGAUGUCUGCUGCUGCUCCCAUGGCCGGCGGUCUCAUGGCCCUGACUCCAUCCUCCACGAAGCUGUCCAGCGCUGCUUCCCGUGUGGUGGCCCGACCCAGACUGGGCGCGUCGCUGGCGGGGCGAGUUCGAUGCGAGGCGGGCAAGGGCCUGCGGGAGACCAUCGAUGAGAGCACGAAGAAGGAAAUCACGGAGGGCGAGAUCCUGAAGAACAUGGAGACCAACGAGUCCGAGCAGCGCUCCUACUUCGGCGCCAAGCCCACUCCCGGGUUCGACCAGGCAGUGGGGUUCACCCCCCGCCCGGAGAUCGAGAGGCGGCCCGAGACCAGCGACAAGUCCUUCUUCAGCGUGUUCGCGUUCGACGGGGCCGCCCCGGAGACCAUCAACUGCCGACUGGCGAUGUUGGGCAUGGUGUGGGCGUUCUUCGCGGAGAAGGCGACGGGGCUGACAGUAGCACAGCAGCUAUUCAACCCCACCACAAGCGGGCUUGUGUAUUUCGUGGGCGCGGUGCAGUUAUUCACGUACGCAUCGCUGGUGCCGAUCAUGAACGGCGAGUCGACGGAUGCUCGCAGCUUCGGGCCGUUCACGGCGCGAGCUGAGCGAUGGAACGGGCGUCUAGCAAUGCUAGGAUUCCUGUCGCUAGUGGUCACGGAGCUGAUCCGCGGAGCUCCCGUGUUCCACUAAAUGGAUGCACAUAUGUCGGUAGGCGUGGAGAGAACAAAGGCAGUGAAUUGCAUCGCCGUGGGGUGGCUGCGUGUGUAUGAUACGGUGCCGAAGUUGUGGAAUUGAGUGUACAGUUUGGAGCUAGGAUGAGAGAGAGAGAGCUCAGGGAUAGGUAUGUGGGAGGCGAGGAGGAUCGGUUUUGAAGGACCAUGGAAGGAUGUACAGUGUAUUGUUGAGAUGACGACGAGUGUGAGUAAUUGGAGAUGAUGAUUUUGAGAAA